GCUAGAACUAUGAACGCAUCUCAUAUAGGGUCUUCGGUAAAUACCUGGUAGCGAGCCACAUUCUUUUACUUUCUGAGCUGCCACCUUUCUUCAACGGAACGGCAGCUCACCACACUUCGACUUCAACUCGAAGGACACGAUCCCGCCAUCAUCAUGACUGAACCCAAUGGCAGCAGCAUGGGCCUCGACGCCAGUGGCCUGCGUGAACGGCUGGCACCAAAGCCAGAUUCUCCACACCAGGCACUUUCUGCUGAGACGGCCUCAGACACUGUAAAGGCGCUCAACCGCGAGGAAGAGCGGAUGGGCAAGAGCGAGAAGGACAAGAAGACGUAUGGACGGACACUAGACGGCACCGUAUUCACCGUGCCUCAUACCGAGGAUAUGGUGUCUCAACUGUUCGACCCGAGACAGCCUAAGGCAGCAUCCGACAUUGGCAUUGUGAUUGCUCUCGGGCUACAGUUCUUCCUCAUGUGGAUUCUGCCGUCCUUUUUGCGCGUCCCUGUAUUUGCUGUUGUGUUCUUGUUCUGGAGAGCAUGUUACAACUUCGGCAUCGGCUGGCUGCUUCACAACCAAUCGCACCACAAACGUUUGGUGACAUGGGCAAAGAAGACGAAGAUAUUCGAAAACCCCAAAACCGGCAACAAUCCUCGACCCGCCCUGUACCAGAUGCUCAAACGAGAGAUGGAGACUAAAAUCCCAAAGGACUACAAAUUCGAAGAUGCCCCAAUCGAAUACAACACUUGGCUCCUGUUUCGUCGUGUCGUGGACUUGAUUCUCAUGUCCGAUUUCAUCUCUUACUGCUUAUUUGCAUAUGCUUGCGGAGGUAAGCCUGCCAAUGAGAAGCUUGCAAUGACAGCAGGGCGCUGGAUUGGUGGUUGGGCACUUAUUGCCUUCAACCUGUGGGUGAAGCUCGAUGCUCACCGAGUCGUGAAAGACUUCGCGUGGUACUGGGGAGACUUUUUCUACCUGAUUGACCAAGACCUAACCUUCGAUGGAGUGUUUGAACUCGCGCCUCAUCCCAUGUACUCGAUUGGAUAUGUGGGAUAUUAUGGUAUCGCCAUGAUGGCGGCGAGCUACAAGGUGCUCUUCAUUUCCAUCAUCGCACAUGCUGCGCAGCUCUUGUUUCUGGCGUUCGUCGAAAACCCGCACAUCGAGCGAACUUACAAUGCGCCCGCUCCAAUUAAACGGUCAGACGAGAUUCCGGACUCGCCACCAAAGCGACCACAGUACUCGACCCGCCUCCUCAGCGCUGGAAAUGUCACUAGCAGCUCACGAUCAGAUCUAUCGCCGUCUCCGGUCCAUAACUUGGUCGGCUUGCAGAAUUUUGAUCUGCACCGUGUGACAGAUCUCUCCGUCGCACUGCUCCAAAUACACAUGUAUACCGUGGCAUUUCUGACGCCAUCAACAUGGCUCUGGCAAACCUUCUUCGUGAUGAGUGCUAUCGGCUGGCGGCUGUGGUACAAUAUCGGUAUCGGCUUCAUCCUGGACCGCCAGUCGAACAAGAAGUGGUGGACGCGCCACUUCGUCAAGAUUGGUGAGAGUUCCGAGGAGGCGUGGCGUCAGUGGAAGGGCAUAUACCACAUCAGCAUGGUCAUGUGCUACACGAGCUUCAUCUGCGCUGCUUGGAAGAUGUAUGGCUUGCCAUCGAACUGGACCUACGGAAUGGCGCUACUGCGACAUGUCAUUGGCGUUGCGUUGAUCUCACUCCAAUUAUGGACCAUUGCGAGCAUCUACGAGUCUCUGGGCGAGUUUGGCUGGUUCUUUGGCGACUUUUUCUUUCCACAAGACGCGCCCGAGCUCACUUACGGCGGCAUCUAUCGCUACCUGAACAACCCAGAACGCACGAUUGGCCUAGCCGGCAUAUGGGGUGUUGCUAUCAUGACAUGGAGCAAAGCCAUGUUCUUUGUGGCACUUUUGUCUCAUGCACUCACACUAUGCUUUAUCCAGUUCGUUGAAAAGCCUCACAUGCACAAGCUGUACAGGCAGAAUGUCCGUCAACAAUCGGGAGUUUCGAAGACCAUGCAGCGCUCAUUGCCGUCGCCAGUCAAGAAGUGGCAAUCUAGCGUUGACAAAGUCCUUGAUAACACUCUCGACUCUCUCGAGGACUUUAUUGACCAAGCCGGCCCCAAACUUGCAUCUGGCUUCAGCACCUUCGUGCAGGACUCCCAGACAUUGUUCAAGCAGUUUCCCGCGCGGCUCACAGUGACACGCCUUGCUCCAGAUCUUGCUGGUUUCGAUCCAAAGGACUACUCUAUCCAAAUCGAUCCGACGGACUCUGGAGUAUUGAAAGCCGAAGCCGCGCAUAGCGGAAGAGAAAGUGAGAUUGGCCAACAGCCACUCCAGCGCACCGAUAGCUUCGAACGACUCGUGGUAGAGUAUGGUGCUCCUAUCAAGAUCAAGUGGACUGCACCUCUGAACCACAGCAAGCGCGACUGGAUUGGCCUUUAUCGUGUUGGCGACAAUGCAUCUCGAGAGGUCACGAAAGUUGGUUCCCAAGGUCGUUGGGUUGCAGUCAGUCCUGGAAUGCACGACUACAACAUGGCUGACACUGGAAUUCUCGUUGCGGAUCAGAGACUGUCCGCUGCAAAGCGCACCGAUGGCGGCGAGAAGGAUUUCCUCCAGGGCGAGAUUGAGUUUUCCGGAGACAAACUCUGGUGGACACAGGGUGUCUUUGAGUUCCGCUACCAUCACGAUGGCAAGUAUAACGUCAUGGCCACCUCCUUGCCCUUUGAAAUCAAGAUCAGCCGCGUGGACGAUGAAGCUCUCGUCGCGACACACGAAGGGCUUGCACGCAGCGCCGUCGAGGAUACACUACUUCCUAUCGUGCAAAACUGCUUUGACCGCGACCCCAACGUUGCUCCCAGAAGUGUCGACGAGCAGUUUGGACCUACACUGGAACGCGAAGGCAAGUACGCUAAGCGCGUGGUCUAUGCAGUCCAGCAAAUGUUCGGUAUCGAGUUCGCACCCGAGGUGGUUCGAGCGGAUGGGAAUGUGAGGAACCUGGCAUGGAGGAUAUGUAAUGCGAAGAAGGUCCUGGCGCCUUACAGCAUGAAGACGGGGACAGUGACGCCUCAAUAAUCGUAAUGAUGAGGAUCGUGGAGCACAGGCAAUCACAACAUUCCUGGGCAUAGAGGGAGGAUAUCCAUUGUUUGCGGCUGAUGGCAAGUAGCAAUGAACUUCAGACCAAGGCGGAUGAUGUUGAUGAGAUCAAAAGUUUGCAUAGGUUAGUACGAGCUUGUACAUACAGUAGUAGAUCUGUAGUCAAU